AUGUCGUCAACAAGCCUGGUUAGAGGUCAGAUGCCAAACACCGACACGAUGGGACAGCGUAACCAACCCCAGAAGAGAUCGAAUAAAGACCUCGGUCAUUUGUACAAGAGCACUGUGCAAGUGUCGGUGGCUUUGAUGGUGAUCUUUUUUGCGCCGUUGUCAUUCACAUACUUCUUUGAUGAGACACAUUCAUCCAACCUGAGCGACAAAGUUUUAGCCGUCCUGGUAUCUCCUGAGUUUGCGUAUGGGGAGGGCUCGGCCACUUUAUCCGAUACCAACGGGGGUCAGAUGCGAAUAUUUCUGCGCAACUUCACUGCGAUGUUCUCUCACACAAUUGCUGGUUCUAUAGCCAUCGUCCUUGGUCUGGCCCAGUUUAACCCGACUCUGCAGUUUAAAUACCCUGCGAUUCAUCGGUUUAUCGGGAGACUAUAUCUCCUUUGCGCUCUGAUCAUCUCGUGGUCUUCAAGGGUAUUCUUAGCGGAUGCUAUGCCCAAGAAAGAGGUUUUCUCCGGGGACCCCUUUGCAUAUCUGCUAUCAGCAUUGUCAGUUGGUCUCAUGGCGACGCUUGCUCUUGCAAUCUAUGCCAUUUGGAAUCACGAUAUCAGCUCUCACCGAGAAUUCAUGGUCCUGAAUUAUGCAUUGAUGCUGUCAGCACCAGUUCUAAGAGUGGCGUGGGUGAUACUGGGCCGACUCUGGGGCGAGACAAAAUAUAUCGUCAACCUGUAUUCUUCUAUAUUCAGUGGGCCAUUCUUGGUCGCUGUCUCGAUAUUCUACCUUCGUCACCGGCAUACACGCCCCUCCAAUUCCAUCUUGAUCAGCUCGAAGUUGCGCCUGGCAGUCAUAGCAGGCGGGAUACUCGGCCUUCUGUUUCAGAUAGUCAAGGGUCCAAGCUUCAACGGAGGACCUUCUCCAAAUGCUUUUCUGUUAGCAGUGGGCCCCCAAGUAGCCUGUUAUAUAGUGUUGUUCGCUGCAUUCGCCCGUGCUGCAAAGCGUCGAGGAGACAUGGGAUCCUAUACGGCGUGGAUAACUUACCAAAACGGGCUUCUGAGCGCACCCAUGUGGAGUGUGCUUGUCUUGUAUGUUGCUCGUGAUGUCUUGGGCUGUUCUGAGGGCACCUUAGGUAUGAUCACGAUUACUGGGGGUGUUUCGCAGGGACUCUUUAAUUCUUUUCUUAUUUAUGUGCUGGCAACUUCGAAAUUGGCCAACCCACUCGCUCAUGGAUUACUGAGUUAA